GUUCGCUCUGCCCACUGCCAGGAUUUUCCUGAGGCUGUUUAUCGCGCUUUUAUAUUCGUUCGGACGUUUCUUCUUGCAGUCUGCGUUUAACUUUAGAAGAGGAUUAAACGGUAAAACGAGUGGAUCAUGACUAUGCGUAUAUUAAUAAGAAGUUUCUGGUUGGUGGCUCUUGCCCUAAUAACAAUGUCAGCGGCAGAGAAAAAUGUUGAGGCACUGCGCUCUGUUGUGGAAGGUGCAAAUCAAUUUAGUUCUUCAUUCUUCCAGACUGUGGUAAAACAUAAUCCUGGCAACCUUAUUAUGUCUCCUCUAAGUGCAGGUAUUGUUCUUGCUAUGGCUGCUUUUGGAGCUCGUGAAAACACAGAAGCUCAGUUUAGAAAUGUACUUCAUCUACCAACGUCACAGAGUCUUGCCACAUCUGGUUAUCAGUCACUUAUUGAUAAUCUCAAUAAUGUGAAAGACAAUAAAUUGGCUGUUGCAAAUAAAGCCUUCUUAGCAGCAAGUUUCAAUUUGAAACCAAGUUACAAAGAUUUAACUAAAGUUUAUUUCCGCUCUGCUUCUCAAUUGGUAAACUUUGCUCAAAAUAAGGAAGCUGCAAAUAUUAUUAAUAGUUGGGUCGAACAAAAUACAAAUAAUCUCAUUAAAGAGCUUAUAACUGCUGAUAUGCUAAAUGACGCGACUAAAUUAGUACUUGUCAACGCAGUAUAUUUUAAAGGACAAUGGAAAGAUAAGUUCGACCCUAAGUUGACGAGCGAUAUGCCAUUCCAUACUAGUAAAGUUGAAGUAAAAAAUGUUCCUACAAUGUAUAGAAAAGGUAAUUACAAAUAUGGAACACUUCCAGAUUUAAAUGCUAGAUUCGUUGUAAUACCAUACAAGGGUGACGAAUUGAGUAUGGUCAUAAUUCUUCCAAAUGAAAUUGAUGGUUUGUCUGAUGUUGAGAAAAAAUUACAAAAUACAAGUUUGUCCAACAUUGUAAGUCAAGGGUAUGAGCAAGAAAUAGAAUUAUCGUUACCAAAGUUCAAGGUGGAAAGUAAGCUUGAACUUAAUAAUGUCUUAAAAGAGAUGGGUUUGACUGAUGCAUUUACUCCUCGCGCUAAUUUUUCUGGGAUUGCUGAUGAAAAUUUGUACGUCAGUGAUGUUAUACAAAAGGCAUACAUUGAAGUAAAUGAAGAAGGAAGCGAAGCUGCUGCUGCAACUGGUUUGCUUAUGAUAAAGAAAACGGCUCGUAAUAUAGAGGAGUUCAAAAUUAAUCAGCCAUUCUUUUAUUAUAUCAUAAAAACUAUAAACGAUGAGAAGGAAAAUGAUAUUAGCUUAUCACUAUUCUGCGGUUCUGUUAUCGAACCCGAAAUUUAAAAACAACAGUGACAUAAUAGUAAUAUCAUAGUAAUGUGAUAAUUAAUUCAUGUACUCCGUAACUAUAAGCUAAUAAUACCAAAGUUAUAAGUUCUAAUAAUACCUUGUUCCACAAUAAAUAUGUUGCAUUCACUUUAAAUUUGGAUUAUUUUGCUCUUACACCAAAAAUCAUAUAUACUUAUAUAAAUUAAAUAAAUCCUACAUUUUCAUCUUUUUUUAAGCAACUUCUUUAAAACAAUAAUGAUUUUCAUAAAAUUUGUUUCAGGAGUUCUCUUCGUUCUUUCGAGUCUUCCUGCCCCUACCCCAGUGAUGACAAUCGACCGACCAUUUUUCUACAGCAUUUAUAAAAGUCAA